AUGGCUGCAUCAGCAGUCCAGUCGCUCAAGUGCGUGGUUACCGGUGACGGUGCUGUCGGCAAGACAUGUCUCCUGAUCUCAUACACGACCAACGCUUUCCCUGGCGAAUACAUUCCCACAGUCUUCGAUAACUACUCUGCGAGUGUUAUGGUAGAUGGAAAGCCCAUCAGCUUGGGACUUUGGGAUACGGCUGGUCAGGAAGAUUACGAUCGUUUGCGACCAUUGUCUUACCCUCAGACUGAUGUCUUCCUCAUCUGCUUCUCCAUCGUCAGCCCGCCUUCGUUCGAUAACGUCAAGGCCAAGUGGUACCCCGAAAUCGACCACCAUGCCCCGAAUGUGCCCAUCAUCUUGGUCGGUACCAAGCUAGAUUUGCGAGAGGACCCUUCCACCUUGGAGAGCCUGCGAUCCAAGCGCAUGGAGCCAGUAUCGUAUGACCAGGCCUUGGUCUGCGCCAAGGAGAUUCGCGCCGUCAAAUACCUAGAGUGUUCGGCCUUGACUCAAAGAAACUUGAAGAGCGUCUUUGACGAGGCUAUUCGUGCUGUGCUGAACCCAAGGCCGCAACCCACGAAACAAAAGAAGUCCAAGUGCACCAUUCUAUAG